CAAGUGACAGGGAAGCCAUCAGAGAGACUGUCAGCGUGAGAAUGCUUUAGACUCGAGGAAAACGAUACUUUUUGUUUUUACUAUGAUCUAAUUCUGGGUUCGAUGAAUUUGAUACUGGGAUCCAGUGAUGAGGUGGCUCUUGCCGUGGAUUCUAAUAGCAAUCAGUACCCAUCAGGCCCUUUGCCAGAGUUCCACAGCCAUGCCUCCCGAGCCUGCCGCGUCGGAAUCAUAUAACCGGACCCAGUACUGCAAGUGGCCAUGCAAGUGCCCCAAGAGCACCCCCACCUGCCCACCAGGGGUCAGCCUGAUGAUGGACGGCUGCGACUGCUGCAAGGCCUGCGCCAAGCAAGUGGGCGAGACGUGCAACGAGGUGGACACCUGCGACUACCACAAGGGACUGUACUGUGACUACAGCGCGGACAAGCCUAGGUACGAAAAAGGAGUGUGUGCAUAUUUGGUGGGGACGGGCUGCGAGCAUGACGGCGUCAUCUACCGCAACGGCCAGAGCUUCCAGCCCAGCUGCAAGUACCGCUGCCUGUGUGUGAAUGGUGCAAUCGGCUGCGUGGCGCUCUGCACCGAGUCGCAGCCGCCGCUGGUGUGGUGCCAGACGCCCAGGCGGGUCAAGGUCCGGGGCCAGUGCUGCGAGCAGUGGAUCUGCGACGAGCCCAGGAAGACCCGCAAGGCCACGCCCAGGCACGCCUUGGAAGGUGCCGGCAUCUCUCAGACUGGUGCACGCCAAUGCUCACGUCAGGUUGACAAUGAAGUUUGGCACAAGAACUGCGUGACACAGACAACAUCCUGGAGCCCCUGCUCUAAGACCUGUGGCCGGGGCCUGUCCAUGCGCAUCACCAACGACAAUGUGCAGUGUGAGAUGAUGAAGGAGACGCGGCUCUGCAGCAUUCGGCCCUGUGAGGUGGACAUCACCAAGCACAUCAAGCCAGGGAAAAAGUGUCUGAACAUUUACCGUGAGGAGCAAGCCCAGAACUUCACCCUCUCAGGCUGUGUCAGCAAGAAGCAGUACCGUCCCAAGUACUGUGGCGUCUGUACUGACGAGCGCUGCUGUAUCCCGUACAAGUCCAAGACCAUUGAGGUGGAGUUCCAGUGCCCCAACGGAGCUGUCUUUUCCUGGCAGCUCAUGUGGAUCAACGCCUGCUUCUGCAACCUCAGCUGCAAGAACCCUAACGACAUCUUUGCCGAGCUAGAGCGUUACUACGACUACCCGGAGAUCAUGAAUUGAGAAGACCCUCCAGUUUCCUCUGAACCCUCUGAAUGCUACAUUCUCACCUGUGGGUGUCAGUUUCCUCAGGUCAAGCCAAAGAAUUCCCUGAGGUUGCUCCCACAGUGCGUCCACCACAUGUUGAUUGCUUUACUGUCAGGUGCA